ACCUUCAAAACAAGCUCUUCAUAAAAGAAACUUCAUUGCAAGAGAUGAAGAGUGAGCUAGAAAGUUACAAACGAAAUAACGUGCAUCAGUCUUCCCAGAUAAUGUCCCUGAAAGAGGAUAUCAAGGACUUAGAGGAACUUAUCGCUUCUCUAACCAGAAUUAAAUCUUUGAAAAACACCAAUAUUCAGAAUCUUGAAAGAGGCAACUGGGAUCUAACUGAAAAAAUUAUAGAACUGGAAAACAAUCUAAGAGUCCAUCUGUUUGAAAGAGAAAAGGCAGAGCGGAAAGCAGGCCUUUUGGAGGAAAAGUUAGCAGGUGUUAAUGGAUUCACCCAUCAUAUGAAUAUGAAAGGACAAGAAGAUUCCUUGGAUAGUUUCAUGAUGCAGAGGACAGCAGGUCUGCAGCAGGAAAUCCAGAUGCUCACCAAACGGCUGGAGCAGCUAUGUGGCCACUCUGAAGAAGCCGUUGGAGAAUUCUCCCAAAUGGAAGAAAGGCAGAGGGAACAAAAAAGACCCUUGAAACGUAUGGAAGGAAACACUGCUAUUAAUGACUUUUUUCAAGAGAGAUUAGAAUUGAACAGGAAAAAAGAAAACUCUGGGAUUAAGAAUUCAUGGAUAGCAGAACAUGGCAAGAUAUCCCAACAGCUAGAGAAAGACAAUGAGCAACAAACACUAUUGAAUAUUCAGCAGAAUUUGCACAAUGCUACAACUCAAAGAUUAGAGGAGAAAAUUCAGAAACUUCAGAAACAGCUGAGUGAUUUGAAAUUGUCAAAUAAAAGUAUGAAAACUCAACUGACAAGAGUAAAUGUCCUUAAGGACAAAACAAUUGAAAAGCUCAGGCAAUCUUUAACAAAAGCUGAACUAAUGCAAGGGAAGACAGUUAUGAAAACAGACAACUUGAAAACUACAUCAGACUCUGCCAAGACAGAGGAAAGAGGAGACAAAGAGAAAGUCCAUCAGAUGUUAGAUGCCAUCAGUCCUGAGCGCUACACAGCAAAGAGCACGCUUGAUAAAGUAUCAGGACAACAAGAGCUGACUGAUUUUCGAGAAACUAUUAUGAAGAUGUUGGGAUUUAACAUGAGAACAGCAGACAAGGAAAUCAUCAAUCACCUAAGGCUUAUUAUACAAGAUUAUAAAGCAUCUGACAAAUCAAAGGUUGCUUCUCACUCUGAGACUGGACAGGAUAAUGAAUAAAAAAGUUCUGUCUUUUUCAUUACUCCCGACAAGAACUCAGUAGAUACGGGCAUCUCCUGUAGCAUCUUGAAUGCAGCUAUGUUAUGAAUAAAAUGCACUGGGAAUUUC